UUCAUUCGGCUAAGCACGAUCGUUGAUCUUUCAAAUUCACAUGUCGGACAACCAGUCUGGUGCAUGAUAAGUGGCUUCUGAAUUUCGGACAAUAUCCGGAUAUUUCGCAAUUUUUUCGGUAUGUCCAAACUGGCCGCGUCUACGUCCUGAAGUGAGCAACAGUUCGUUCCCAAAUAUUUCGAUUUUGUGGUUGAGUGAAACCGUGAUCGUUAAUAAUGGUUGUGAAUAAAGUUACCAUGUCAGCUCAGCCUAAUUUGCCGAACCUCAAUAUGAGGAGCAUAUUCCUCAAUAGAAAGAUGGCUGACUCUAUUGAUAAUACAAAUGGAAAUAACACCCAUUCCACCAUGAUGAACAUCAAACCAGUUAGAACUUGUGCAUCCCAGUUACAGACCAAUUCGCAGUCCAGUACGACAACGACCCGAUUAACGACUGCUUCGAGCUCUUCGAGCACCCGGAGACAGCUGACGACCUCUUCAUCCGACCUGAAGGCAUCUAACAUGAAAACAGACUUGGUGGAGCUGAACAACAACAUGAACGACAUGAGGAGUACUUUCCCAUCCCUUGACACAUACGACCUCAAGCAGAAGAUCAAGAGCUCCUUGGAGAACCUGGUAGACGUAGAUAAUGACGUGGACAUGUCUGGUCAGCCCUUGGUUACGUUUCCAGAAGAUACGCCUGUACCCUCCGAGGUCAGUUCUCCGACUACUACCAUGGAUACAGUGAAAUUCGAGCAGAAGACAAUGAACAACUUCAAGAAAACAAAAGUGAUAACGGACGGCUAUAGCGCCGAGAAAGAAAGUGCCAAUUGUGCUGAAAUGAAGAAGCUUCAAGCAGGUGAUGUUUCUUACGAAGAAAACAGUGCAGCUGCAGCUACACGUGCCAGGCUGGAAGUGGACGGUGUUUCUGCGGAAAAAAGUUUGCUGACCUCUAAGGAGGCCAGAUCUCUCAUUGCCGGCGAAGUAAGCGCACAAGAAAGCAAGAACAUGGCACACAGUAACAUGAAAGUAACAACAGGACAGUUCAGCGCCGAACAAACAGCCCUAUCCACUGCUCAACAGCGUCAAACCAUAACAAACAGUGGGUUCUUCAACCAGGAGAAACACAGCUCAACUACUCACUCUGUUUACACUACAACCACAAAGGGAAUAACCACUUCUUCCACUAUGCAAACGAAACAGAUUCAACUUGGAGGUACUAUAGAGGAGGACAAACUUCUAAACAUGUCUUUGGACGACCUGGAGACUCUGACUACCGACUCCAACCAACAAGACGUUGAACUUGCCAUAAAAAAAUAUUCUCAAUAUUUGGACCAGUCUAUUAAAUGCCUCCAGAGAGUAGGGGAGGGUGUAAAGGCCCCUAUGAUACUGAACAAAGUUUACGAUGUUAUGCAAAAAGCAUGGGCAGUACCUACGCACGGCCACGAGCUUGGCUACACGCUAUGCAAUACUUUACGCAGCUGUGGGGGUCUAGAUCUGCUCAUUUCCUACUGUACCAAACCAGACAUAGACUUGAAAUACCAUACAGCAAGAUUACUAGAACAGUGUUUAACGACGGAAAACAGAGCUUACGUGGUUCAAAACGGUUUGGAGAAAGUUGUGAAUGUGGCUUGCGCUUGUACUAACAGUAGGAACACAAACUCGGUAGAACACUCGAGAGUUGGCACCGGCAUCUUGGAACAUUUAUUCAAGCACAGCGAAGAAACCUGUAGCGACGUAGUACGACUAGGUGGUUUAGAUGCUCUACUGUUCGAAUGUAGAAAGAGUGAUAUUGAAAUUUUGAGGCAUUGCGCUGGAGCCCUCGCAAACCUCAGUUUAUACGGUGGCACUGAAAACCAGGAGAAGAUGAUAAAACGAAAAGUACCGAUGUGGUUGUUCCCUCUAGCGUUCCAUGCGGACGAUAACAUAAAAUACUACGCCUGCUUAGCUAUCUCGGUACUGGUAGCCAACGCAGAAAUCGAAGCCGACGUGCUCAGAUCUGGUACUCUGGGACUGGUAGAACCCUUCGUGACCUCUCACAACCCUUCGGAUUUUGCCAAAUCUAAUCUAGCACACGCGCACGGCCAGAAUAAGACCUGGCUGCAACAUUUGGUACCUGUCCUGAACUCAAAACGUGAGGAGGCUAGGAAUUUGGCCGCUUUCCACUUCUGCAUGGAAGCCGGGAUAAAGAAAGAACAAGGAAAAACGAAUAUAUUCGGAGAAAUAGGAGCGAUAGAAUCUUUGAAGAUGGUAGCUAGUUGCCCUAACGCAGUAGCCUCAAAAUAUGCGGCCCAAGCAUUAAGACUUAUCGGCGAAGUGGUACCACACAAGCUCAGUCAACAGGUACCCCUUUGGUCGUUCGAAGAUGUUGCGGAAUGGGUGAAGCAGAUUGGUUUCGAAGAAGAUGCAACCAAGUUUUUCGAAUGUAAAGUUGACGGCGACUUGUUAUUGCAGCUGACAGAAGACAAUCUAAUAAACGACAUAGAAUUAACCAACGGAAUAAAGAGAAAAAGAUUCACUCGAGAACUACAGAAACUCAAAAAGAUGGCCGAUUACUCCUCUAAAGAUACAACGAACAUCAACAAUUUCCUACAGAAUUUGAGUCCCGAACUGAGUAUAUACACUUACAAUUUCCUGAAUGCCGGAGUAGAAAAGAAAGACUCUUUGAUACACCUAUCAGAGGAUCAGCUUCUAGAAGAAUGUAGGAUAACCAAUUCAAUCCAUCGGUUUAGGAUAAUGGAAGGGAUCAGGCAACUAGAGAAGGGAAUGGAAAAUCCGAGCGAAGACAAUCUUGACAAAACUCUGGAUGUCUUCGUUAGUUAUAGGAGAUCUAAUGGGUCGCAAUUGGCCAGUUUAUUGAAGGUCCAUCUCCAGCUGAGGGGUUUCAGUGUAUUCAUAGACGUCGAGAGGUUAGAGGCUGGAAAAUUCGAUAAUAAUCUCCUGCAGAGUAUACAGAAGGCUAAGCAUUUCCUUCUUGUUUUAACACCGUCAGCCCUGGACAGGUGCAAAGGGGACUGUGAGAGGAAAGACUGGGUGCAUAGGGAAAUUGUAGCUGCUCUACAGGCACAAUGUAAUAUCAUUCCCAUUACUGACAAUGCCUUCGCUUGGCCCGAACCCGAUGAAUUACCUGAAGAUAUGAGACAAGUUUGUCAUUUCAACGGAGUGAGGUGGAUUCAUGAUUACCAAGAUGCUUGCGUGGACAAACUAGAAAGGUUCAUGCGCGGUGAGAUGAGUGUCAGAGACUUCAACAGAUGUAUGGGUAAAGGGGACAUAACUCCAGGAACCCCCUCGAAUUUAGGGAUUGGAAGGAAUCCACCCAACUACCAGAGAAUGCAUAGUAACGACUCUGGUAACGGCAAAUCAGACAAAGAUGUGAACGGGAAUUCAGGUCUGGGUCGGGGGGACUGACUAGAUGGUCCCCUAGCCUCGGGAAUACCUUCAUCUUUACCAAGGCUAUAAUUUCAGAUUCUACAAAUCAGCAGCUCCUACUCGUAAUUGGAUCAUAAACGGGAACAAGCGUAACGCGAACAGAGACUUGCCCCCUCUGUCUCCGUACUCCAGAAGGGGAUCGAAUACUCGAAUACCAACAGUCGCUUCCAGUGGUCCCCUAGUUGCCCCAAAUAGAUCUCGUAGUUUAGACGGACUCUUAGAUGCCGAACCAGAGAAGUCUAAAAUAGAUGUUACUAAUAAUGAAACCACUCCGUCCCAAACAACCAGAAGCUGUGACGAGCUAGACAAGGAUUUGGCUGAAAUGAGCCAUGAAGAAACAGAGAAGAAAUCGAACUCCGUGAGUUUAGACACUACCGACGUUGACGAUGAUAAAACGUCGAUGUACAGUUCAUCAAGUGAUUCCAAACGGAAAAGAAAUUUUAUGGACAGAUGUGUCAAUAAAGUUAAGAAUUUAAUAAUUAAGAAAUGAGGACUUCGUAGUUCUUAAGUGAAAUUUUAUAAAAUUUUUGUUUCUUCGACAAAUGAUGUAUUUUAUGCCCAUGAUUCAAAAUAAUUAUAUUAAUUAUUAUCUCGGCAAAACUUUAAAUGUUAAAUAGUUUCUUGUUCUAAUGGAAAUACCUUUUUUAAACUACGAAUUUCUAGUGUGGAAUUCGUUGAACGAAUUGUUUUGGUGAUAUUUAUGUAAGUUAUUCUUUGAUGUAAACACGGCAACUACUCUUUCGGAGUAUCAGUUCCAAAACGACGUUGUAUCUAAUCCGAAGAGAACCACCUGCAUACCCACAGUUAGCCUAAAGCGAUGCCUUUAUUGCAAAUGCAAAUUGUCCUUUGUGGAAUCCCGUGUCAUUUUGAUUAUAAAAAUAUAUAUUACUCAAACCAUAAAUUAUAUAUGAUGUAAUAGCGUUUGCAAGCUUGCUCAUUUAAAAAAGCUGGAAUUCUCCAGAAUGAGCUGUUAUAUCUUUUUGGAUGUACCAUGGCUUUAACAUACAUUUAGUAUUUUAUAUCUAGCAAUCGAAAUAUUUUUUUAUCUGUUAUAAUAUUGAAAAUAUAUUUUAUUAAGAACA